AUGACAACCAACCAAUUCGUAUUUUUUCAUUGCUAAAAUAAAAUAAUUUUAAAAUAUUUCAUUAGAAAAAGUUGUUGCCUCAAGCUAUAUUACGAACUUGAUAAUUUUUCGAGUCUUCCUAUCCUACCACCAUUCAUUCUGUCUGUCUGUCUAUCUGUCUCUAUCUCCUUUCCGACUGAUUCAACCAACCGCCGAACCGAAAGUAUAAACCAACGGAGCAGGUCAGUAUUUCUGCAGCAAUUAGAAAACUGGCGGGAUCUGCCACUGGCUUCUCCGAAACAACCAACGUUAAAAAGCAAGAGACCAAACCAGCUAACGCUAAAACGCCUAAAACUAACUCUCGCCUGACCUCGUGAACCGAUCUGACCUACCUACAAGUCUAACUACACCUCCUAAGUCCUAACUUAACCUAAAGCUAGGCAAAGCAUAAAGAAACUCAAUAAUUCUUAUUUGGAAAAAAGAAAAUGGAUACAACUGAAGAGCAAAUGGAUCUGGAGAUUAUAAAUUUGUCGCCAGGGAAGGAUGAGGUGGUGGUGGCCAUCCCAGACAGUACUGAGUUACAGGAGGCAGUUGGUGGUAGUAAGGUAGAGUCUAAUGAGUUUAUAGUUGGUAGGACCAUUAAAACGAGAGUGUUAAAUAAAAUUAAUGGGGGCUCUUAUGGUGACAUUCACCUCGGUGUUUUACUCGAUACUUCUGAAACAGUUGCUGUCAAACUAGAAUCAAUGAAAUCGCCACAUCAGCAGCUCCUGCAGGAAGGCAACGUUAUGCGACAUCUCGAAGGUGGUCCUGGAAUUCCCAAAGUUCACUGGUUUGGAAGCUAUGAACCUUUAUAUAAUGUCAUGGUCAUGGAUUAUUUAGGACUUAGUCUCCAAGAAUUGUUCUCCUUUUGUGGGCACAUCUUUACGUUGAAAACUGUCUUGCUGAUAGGAGAGCAGGUUCUCGACAUAUUAGACUUCAUCCACUCUAAGGAAUAUGUUCAUCGCGAUAUUAAACCAGACAAUUUCGUGAUUGGCGCUUUGGGCUCUAGCAAACAAGAUACAGUUUUUCUUAUUGACUUUGGUUUAGCCAAAAAAUGCCAACGUCAGCGGUUUUCAGUGGGUGGUGGUUUCAGUUCUGGUUACGGGAUAAACCGACCCAUGGUUGGCACCGUUCGAUACAUGGGUCUCCACGCUCACGAUGGUCAAGGGGAUCAACCGCGGGACGACCUCGAAUCCUUGGGUUACUGUUUCUUAUAUUUUUUAAAGGGCAGACUGCCAUGGCAAGGUGUGAAGGGUUUCAAAAAUCGCGAAGAAAAAUUGGCGGAGAUACGAAAAAUUAAAGCUUCUACGCCGAUCGACAGCCUGUGCGGAGGUUUGCCUAGUCUGUUCGGGGACUUCAUCAGCAAGUGCAGGAGAGCGAAAAAGAAUGAUCCGAAUGUGACUGCUGCCAAAUGGAAGAGGUACCUGACCUUCCUUGCAGAGGAGCGCAAAAUCGCGUUCGACCGCGUGUAUGACUGGUCGAAUAAACCGGAGUUGCUUGAUUUUAAGGCUGAUUCCAGGAAGCACGGCCACGAUAGCAGUUGAGACAGUGUGGGAGGUGGGAGAUGUGCUGGAGUAUGCUGGCUGGGAUGUCAUGAUGUGGAAGUUUUUUUGGCUGGGGUGUGUUGCUUGGAAAGUAUAUCGGAUGGGGUGUGAUGAAAUCAUCCGACGAUUCUUGUGCCUUUUCUAGAAUAUAUUUUUUAAUUUGAAAAAAUUAACUCUCAUUUUCAUGUUAUUUUUGCGAUUUUAUUCAUGCUGAUUUCAUUGGCAUAAACAGUUUUAUAUAUAUUCAUUUAUUCAAUCAUAAAGCUGAAUGAAUUCAUUUCACUGUGCAAUUUAUUUUUGCCAAACUCAACCUCUAUCUUUAUUUCACCAUUGGCUCUCUCCAACUCAUAUCAACCUUCCCGUUCCAUUCAGCUGUUUUAUAUUCAUUAUCUAUUCAUUUCUAAAAUAUUUUAAGAUUUUUAACUUUAAUAAAUUUAAACCCACACCCGCGCACACACGCACGCACACACAUCAUAGUGUUUAUUUCAAUUUCUUCAUCUAGAUAUGCAUAUAUAUAUACCUAUUAACUGGUGAAUUUUGGAAACAUAUGCUACGCUCCGGACAAACACUUUCUUCU